AUGCCACACGAAGAACGUUUGAAACAUUAUAAAAAAUAUUUAUUUAAUUUGGCACAUUAUAAAGAAUUUAAAGAACUUCAAAAGCCUAUUCUUGUUGCAACAGAUUUAUUUAGAGUCGGUAUGGAUAUUGAAGGUGUUGACAUUGUAUUUAAUUAUGAUAUGCCUGAAGAUACUGAUACAUAUCUUCAUCGAGUUGCUUGUGCUGGUGGAUUUGAUGCAAAAGGUUUAGCAAUAAUAUUUGUUGCAAAUACAAAUGAUGAAGCAAUUCUUAAUGAAGUUCAAAAACGUUUUGAAAUACAAAUUACUGAAAUGCCCGAUGAAAUCGAUGUUUCUACAUACAUCGAAAAUCGUUAA